GCGAAACAGUGUGGAAGGAGGCGGUUCCAUCGUAACGGGAAGGGUGGUGCGCCGUGGCGGCGCCUGUUUCUCUGUUGCGUCUCGGCGGCUGAGGCUGGGUUCGCUCAGGGCUGUGGCGGCGGCGCGAUGAUGGCGUACUUCGUGGAGAGCUUCUGGGGGGAAGGUCACCAUGGUACCAGAGAUGAUAAGCUGGCUGAAUUUAUUAAUCAGUAUUUUGGACAGUGUCUUAGUUUUAAUUGGGGAAAGGAACAGUGGCUUUGAUGUUCUCUAUCACAACAUGAAACAUGGACAUUUGUCAACAAAAGACUUGGCAGACUUUAUAAGAGAAAGGACAUUUGCACCAGUUUGGGAUGUUUUAAAAAUCUCAACAGAAAAACCGCCAAGCUGUCACUUGGACCUCAUGCAGAGAUUACAAGAGCUAAUAAAAGAAGUUCAUAAGUAUGGAGAUGAACAAAUCAAAACCUAUCAAAAGACUAAAGAAGAUGCUUCAGGAACACUAGAAGCAGUGCAAAAUAUUCAAAGUGUCACUCAGGCCUUACAGAAAGCAAAGGAAAACUACAAUGCAAAGUUUGUAGAACAAGAGCGUUGGAAAAAGGAAGGAGCAACACAGAAAGAAGUUGAUAAGGCAGGAUCACCUAGAGCCCGCUGCCCUGGACCGUGACUAGAUGGCUUUGAAAAUCUCCAAGGAUAGAGGUUCCAUAAUCUCCCCGGACACACCGUUCCAGUGCUCGGUCACCCUUACAGGAAAAAAAUGUGUUUCCUGAUGUUCAGGUGGAAGCUCCCAUGUCUCAGUCUGUGAUCAUUGCUACAUGUCCUGUCACUGAGCACCACUGAAAAGAGCCUGUCCCUCCUCUUUGCACUCUCCCUUCAGGUAUUUACAUGCAUUGGCAAGAUCUCCCCAGAGCCUUCUCUUCUCCAGGCUGAAUAGCCCCAGCUCUCUCAGCUUUUCCUCAUGGUAGAGAUGCUCCAGUCCCUUGAUUAUCUUUUUGGUCUGUUGCUGAACUCUCUCUAGUAUGUCCAUGUCUCUCUUUAAGUACAUUAAUAGCAAGAGGAGGUCUAAAGAAAACAUUGGACUGAUACUUGAUGAAGAUGGUCAUCUGACUAAUAGGGAUAGAGAAAAAGUGGAGGUAUUCAGUGCUUCCCCUACCCGCCAGUCUUUAAUAAUACUGAUGGGUGACUGGGCAGCCCAAGAUCUGAGUGAGAGGACCAUGAUUGUGGGAACAGUGCCUUUCCAUUUGUGGACACUGAAAUUGUGAGAGACCAGCUGUAUCAGCUGAAUGUUCAUAAGUCCACAGUGCCUGAUGGUAUUCAUCUCAGAAUGAGCUAGUAGAUGUUACAGCAGGACCCCUCUCCAUCAUCUACCAAAGGUCUGGGGAGUCUGAGGAGGUGCCUACUCACCAGAAGCUAGUCAACAUUAUUCCAAUUUACAAAAAAGACAAGAGGAAAGACCUAGGGUUCAAUAGACCGGUUAGUCUAACCUCAGUAUCUGGUAAAAUUAUGGGAAGAUGUUACUCGGUACUAUUAAAAGGCAUUUAAAAGACAAUGCAAGCAGGCACAGCAAACGUGGGUUCACAAAAUGAAAGUUCUGUUUAACUAAUUUGAUCUCCUAGAAUAAGGUCACCCACCUAGUAGAUAAAGGAAAGGUGGUUGAUGUAGUUUUCCUGUGUGUAGUACAGGGACCUUAUCUCCUCCCACAGUAUGUAGGGAUUUUAUUUGGGCAGGACCAGGGCAGUUAGCAGGUCCUCUGGUGUUAACCAUCCAAGUGGCUUCUGUUAAAUUUGCAUGUCAAUGCUUCCAUGCCCCAUUGCCCAGUGGUCUCAAUAUAGCCUUUAACAGUCUCAAUCUUUCCAGAGUGGGUAAUAAAGGAUGUUAUAUAUCUA